AUGCCAAAAGAGAGACCUCCGACAAUCGACACCUCUCGACCUUCAACAUCAGAGGCCACAAAGAAUGAUCAAUCAUCACCUACAAAUAACACUACAAGGAGAAAAUUAAAGAGGUCUAAAGUUGUUGCAACUCCAACAAGCUCGAGCGAAGAAACUCCACAAUUCCCAUCAUCGGAAGCAAUAACAAAUGAACAAGUAAAUACAACAAAACAACAAGAUGAACCAACAACAAAAGAACCAAUAACUCCUGUAACACCUUCCGAGCAAAAAACAACAAGAAAAAGGAAAUUCCAUAAAAAAGAAGUUGAAACACCCACAACACCACAAACUACGGAAGUUAAACAACCCAUAAUCUCACCAUCAGAAGCUAAGGAACAACCUAAGCCAGUAGUACAGGAAGAAACAAAACCUCCUCCAAGCAGUAAAAUAGAUAAUCCAGUAGUGGAUAAUACUCCAACAUCAACACUAACACCACCAGUCCAACAAGUUCCAAAAUCUACAAGGAGAACAUCAAAAAAGCCCAAGGAAAUCAAGAAAGUGACAACACCAGUUGUAGAACAGCCGAAAGCGAUAAAAGAAACAAAGGGGACUAAUCCUAAGCAAGAAACAAAUAAUAGUAAUGCUAGUGACAAACAGCCAGAAUUAAUUACAAGAAUUUUGAAACGUCACGAAAAUAGCAAGUUACAAAAUGUGGAAAAACCUGUGCCAAAAAGUGUACCAAAAGAGGAAAGUGAUGAGGAAGUAAUGAAUGUGGAUAGCUUGGAAUUAGAUGAUGAAAUGAGUGAUGAGGAAGAAGUAAAACCAACAAGAAACCUGAGGAGGAAUUCGGAAAAACAAGCCAAAAAACCAAUUUCUGAACCGAUUAAAAAAGAGGCACCCAAAAAGCCAAUCAGUGUACCAUUAAGCGAGGAAAAAUCAAAACCUUUACCAACCGAGGAUAAGAAACGAAAAGUUUCAGAGACCAUUCCAAAGGAAAAAGAAGUGUUGGAAAAAAAGGAAUCCAAACCUGAAACUGUUACUGUUGCUGAUGAACCUGCCAAAACUGUUGAACCAGAAACAAAAAAGCCAAAGCUCACCGAAACCACUCCAACAAACUCCUCCUCUAGACCUAGUGAAACAGUUGCACCAAAAAAACAACCAGAAACUCAACCAUUAAUGGAAAAAGAAAUUCAAAAAGUUGAGCCACCUCAAAAACCUAAGGAAGAACCUUCUUCAGCAAAAGUUUCUUCAACUGUAACAAAGGAGAAAGAUCACUCAGUUACUCAGCCGAGUAGUACAACUAUUACAACCAACAACUCAAACUCGUCUGGAAAGGAAAUUUCUAAAAUUCCAAAGAAGAGAAUUGAAUCAUCUCAACCAUCCCAAUCUGGUCAAACUAAUAAUUUGCCUCAACCACAACAAACCCAUCCAGAACCUUCAAAUCAAUCCCACAAUAACCAUUCACAACCUCAUAGCCAAAGUAACAAUUCCCACCAAGCACAAUCAGAUCAUUAUCACAAUAGAGAAAAUAGAGAAAACAGAGAUCACAGAGAUAAUAGAGAAAAUAGAGAUCAUAGACACGAAAAUGAUUACUUUAGAUUCAGAUAUCGAGAUCCAGAGCAAGAAAGAUAUAGAAGGGAGUCAAGCCUUAAACUUCCACGCUUGAAAAUCCAAUACGAAGAUACUUUCUAUGAAGCUGCAAAGGAUUUAAUAGUAGAACAAUAUGGUUCCAACAAACCAAAACAGACUUCUAUCAAUCCAAUUGUACCACAUCCAACUUUACCACCAAAAGAACAAUUAGUAUACGAAAUUGUUUAUGCCAAGGUAGCUCUGGUGGUUAAAUUGAAAGAAGAAGAAAAGCGAACGAUUAGUCAAAAACUAGUUCAAAAAAUUGCUCCACAAGAGACAAUGGAAACUCUCAAACAUGAAUCCAGCAAAGGGAAAAUUGAAAAUUAUGUUGACAAGUAUUUGAGGGAGAAGAAGCUAAUUCAAUAA